AUGACUCUCGGCGCCUGGGUGGCCGCCACGACUUGGCACCCAAGGCUUGACCGGCCCACGGCACCGGCGCCGAGACGACCGGGUCCCUGGCGUUACGUCAGGGGCGGCGUCGAGUGGGCACUUGCCGGGAAACAUGAUGCAAUAUGGGGUCGCGACAACCCCCCGAUCAGCGAAAUCCUAACAGACGGCGGCGCGUACCGGCCGCGACCGCAGAGCCGGGUGCGGUUCGAGGACGAUGACGACGGCGGCGCGAACGGCCACAUGCCGGGGCUAUGGCUGACUGGACUCUGUCGGCCUUUCCCAGAACCGCCACGGUCGACCCAACGCGCUCUACACCUGCCUCGAUAUAAGCUCUCCGGCUAGAAAUGCUAGGGCCCAGAAAUCGACGUCCGU